AUUUUACUUAACAGAUAUAUGUAGGAAUCAAUAUUUUGAACAAAUUUUUCCUAUACACGUAAUCGUCGGUCGUCCAUAGUUUCCGAGAUAUCUGCAAAACGUUAUCGAUAUCACAACAGUGAAUUCUGCCCAUAAUUGUGCGUCCGCAACAGCGUACGCGUUAAUAUUGGUUACCGGCUGCCUUACAGCGGACAGAUAUGAUGACAAUGAUCCAACCGAAAUCUAGUUCUUAUCUUUCGUUUAUAUAGCAUACAUAAACGAGAAUUCACCGAAUUUGGGCAAAGAUAUACGAAGCUGUAAGAAAUAUCUAUUCUAUCGCGAUUAAAAAUGGAUAUCAUCAAUGCAUUGGGUUUGGUUUCGAGUUAAUGUUAUCAAUCCGCUUGCGUGAAGCAGUAACGGUUCUUCUAUUUCGUCGAAUAAUAUUUUGCAUGAUUAAUUUGUUCUCAUGUUACGCAAGCGUUGCCAGUCGCUUUGCGGCGGCGGGGUUGAGAAAGAUAACCCGAGGUCAAACGCAAUAUUCUAUUACAGCUUCGUAUAUGCAGUUGUGCACGGAGUAUUUAAGCUCGCCCAAUUCUCGUUUAUACAUACUACAAACAAAAGGUAAGAGAUAGAUUUGAGUUGAUUUUGAGCGAUCAAUACCGACCCAUAGGCUGUCACAGACGCAAAGUGUAUUUGUAAUUUUCGAAGAAUAAAGGCAACUUCUUGCAUUAAAUACGUAUUCAAUUAUGUAAUAAUAAUUAUAUAAUUAUUUAAGAAGCUUAAAUUUUCGUGAGUAAAAAGAAAAGGAAAUGUAAGAAAAUGUGAAGUUCGAACGCCUGAAACAUCUCUGUUUUCUAGGCUUCUUUAGCCUCGACUGUGGGAAGGGAAGAGAAAGCGUCAACACUUGAGGCUGCCAUAAAUUAGGCCCCUACAUUUUGCGACUGCGUUGCCUAGUAUAUUCGAGUAUACUUUGCACAAUCGUCGAUGAUAUGGGCGAAUGUCGAAACGAAACUACGCGAAUUCGGCAUUUCCAAGUCUACAGAACGUGCUGUAAACGUAACUAACCUCAACCCGCUUGUAAUAUUUUUUUAUAGAAGCGUUUAUUUAUUCAAUAAUUUGGUAUACCGCAAAGAUUGAUAUGCUACUGUGCGUACACAGUUUCGUUUACGAUUAUACGAUGUCCUCUUUUAUACUCUAUUUGCAAAUUUUAUGUUACUAUUUAGUUUCAAUUCCAAUCAUUAUAAACGGUGUAAUCUUAUUCCAUGCUUUACCAAUCGGUAACGCUGAGAAUAAUACAAAAGUACAUCGUUAGAUGGCAUUAAGAAAGCUUCCAGCAUUUUCACGUGUUGACAUAAAGUUGUAAAAUAUAACUUAUAUGUAUAAUAGUUAGUAGAUUUUCAUGGAAUGUAUUCCUUUUUUGUUCUAUGAGUUGUUUUAUUAUUUAUUUUAUAAUAUUAUUGGGACAAUGAAUAACAUUCAAACGAACUAAUCUAGAUGUCGAAUUAUUAACGUGCCAGAAUAACCUAUAAAUGACUUUAGUGUCUCGAUUUCUGUAAAAAAAAUGCUAGCUCCGUGUCAAGAUAUCAUUGAAGAUAUAGAAGAUUUAAUAUCGUCGCAAGAUAUUACGCCAAAGGAACGAUAUAGUGCAAGGAAAAAUGUUACUGUUCGUUCUAAACGUAAACAAGUAACUGAAGAUGUACCAGAACCUCCUAUUUUCGAUAGUAUUGUACCAGGGACACAGACAAUUUAUACAAAGACAUGGGGUUGUACUCAUAAUAAUUCUGACAGUGAAUAUAUGGCAGGUCAACUUGCUGCUUAUGGUUACAAAUUAACAGAAAAUAAAUAUGAAGCAGAUCUGUGGCUCUUAAACUCUUGUACGGUAAAAAGUCCAGCAGAGGAUCAUUUCAGGAAUGAAAUCGAAGCUGGAAGAAAGAUGGGAAAACAUGUUGUAGUUGCGGGAUGUGUACCACAAGGUGCACCGAAGUCAUCUUUCUUACAAGGAUUAAGCAUGAUCGGCGUGCAACAAAUCGAUCGUGUGGUAGAAGUAGUCGAAGAAACUCUAAAAGGAAAUACCGUUCAGUUCCUGCAGCAGAAAAAGGAAGGUGGUAAAAAGAUUGGCGGCGCCUCUUUAAGAUUGCCUAAGAUUCGUAGGAAUCCACUGAUCGAAAUCAUAGCCAUAAAUACAGGGUGUUUGAAUCAAUGCACUUAUUGCAAGACAAAACAUGCGAGAGGUGAACUGGGAAGUUAUCCUCCCGAUGAGAUUGUCGAGCGUGCGAUACAGGCGUUCGACGAAGGCGUCUGCGAGUUAUGGUUAACCUCUGAAGACACAGGAACUUAUGGCAGAGAUAUUGGCACGAGUUUGCCCGAAUUACUGUGGACACUGGUGAAAGUGGUGCCCGAUGGAUGUAGGGUGCGCGUUGGAAUGACCAACCCACCAUAUAUCCUGGAGCAUCUGGAGGAGAUGAGCAAAAUUCUGAGCCAUCCAAAAGUCUACAGUUUUCUUCACAUUCCGGUGCAAUCUGGAAGCGAUCAGGUGUUAGCCGAUAUGAAGCGAGAGUAUACUCGUGCCGAUUUCGAGCGAGUUGUCAACUUUCUACGAGAACGUGUUCCUGAGUUAACUAUAGCGACGGAUAUCAUUUGCGGUUUCCCAACAGAAACAGAACAGGAUUUUGAAGAGACGAUGAUACUUUGCGAAAAGUAUAAGUUCCCGAGUUUGUUUGUCAAUCAAUUUUUUCCCAGGCCGGGAACGCCGGCUGCUCGAAUGACGAAAAUACCGACGCAAAUUGUGAAAAACAGAACCAAAAGGUUAUCGGAAUUUUUUCAAUCCUAUUCUCCGUAUUCUGACAGAAUAGGACUCGUGCAGGAUGUGCUAGUGACAGAAAUAUCCCAUGAUAGAAAGCACUACGUCGGACAUAAUAAAUCUUAUGAACAGGUUCUCUUACCGUUGAAGGAAGAAUAUUUAGGAAAAAUAGUUACGGUAAAGAUCGUAGAAACGACAAAAUAUUCUAUGAAGGGGCAACCAAUAACAGAAGGUACGUCCCCGGCGUUAAAACCAUGCUUACCAAAAGGAGCUAUAUCAGGAAUAGCAAUGGAAAUGAAAUCAUCGAAACAUAGAAUAGGAGUUGCCCUGGCAAUUCUUCUAGCGAUCAUUCUCAGGCUAUUAUGGAAGUUUUCUAUGAUUUAGCAAGUCUCUUGUUCUUAAAUUCUUUAAUUCAGGCGGUAAUACCAGGGACGGAUUGGAACUUGAAUUUCUACCGGAAGAUGACCGACUGACUGGCUGGCUCUCCAUUUUUAUUUCAUUAGUUAAAUUUUACGUAGGGCUGCGUCAAAUCCAAACAAAUUUUCCGAAACUACGCGAUGCGACGUGAAUCAGUGCGCAUCUAAAAUUAAUAAUUGUAUCGACAAAUCUAUUUAAAUUUUAGACAAUUCACUAACAAAUCUUUACAUUAACAAACUUUAUAAAAUCAACAAUUAAAAUUUGUAAUCUGUUGACUCCAUAAGAAGCUAAUGCAU